AUGCUUACCAAUCCUCCCAUCUCUCCACUCUUGUUUCUCCAAGCUGGUCUUCCGAAAUGUAGAACUAGAGGUCUCUUCCUUGGAAUAUCUCGUCUUUCUACGAAGGAGCGUGAGUAUGGGGUGGCAAAAUUGGUUGAUAAUGGGCGGGGAAACCUGAAGAGGCCGACGAGAAAUACAUUCGCUAGUGCGGGUAGGAAGGGAGGCAAUGUUAACGGGGAGAAUUUGAAUAAAGGACACGAGUAUCAUAUGAGCGGAGAAGAUAUCAAUACUUCACGAGAUUGGGAGAAAGAUGAAAUAGUCGAAUCGUUACCAGAGAAACAAUCGUUACAAAAGGCAAAAGAAUCUGUGUCCUACCGAAAGACUUCGGAAUACGCAAACAAACAUCCAUCUGGGGAAGUAAAAACAAAUAAAUCGUUUAUAAACACAAACACGCAUACCAAUGGGUCACCUGCCCCCGAAACCAAUUUCACAAUCCGCCGUUACGAGAUCUUCGGAGAUAGCCCCCAAAUUCGUAAAGCCGGUUUAGUACGUCGGGUUGGCUGA